GUCAGUUCCGGCGAGAGGGCUCGCGACGAGGCAGCCUAGAUCGAGCAAAACAAGGCGGUGGAAAAUAACUCGAUGCGAACCGGAGGCGUCUCUCGCGUUAACACCGAGCAGCUGUGCGCCCAACCGUGGAACCAAACAAGUGUCUCUGAGUUUGUCUGUGUCUCGGAUCUUCUAAAAAAAGAAAGAUGUCGGCACAGGCCCAAAUGAGAGCCAUGCUUGACCAGCUCAUGGGCACAUCUAGGGACGUGAGUGCUGAAGACAUCUGGGGGAAAUGGCUUGGAGAAGCGUUACCAACGGUAUGAGGGAACUAAUUUAACACACACACAGCUGAAGUGGUUCAGUGUAUCUUUGCCUGCCUACUUCAGUCUGCAAGGGAGUUACAGAAACACCCCACGUUCAUCGAGCCGAGUUCACCUGGCAUGCGGUCUAAGUUUGGACCACUGCAACACAGGAUCUGUAGGGUAGGGUGAUGCAACUACCAAAAUUAUAUUUGUGAAAUUUGCAUAUUGUUUGGCGUGUGAUCUUAAUGGAGCUUAUGUUAUUUCCCAUGUGCUUUUUUUUUCGUAACAGCAUCCUAAAUUUUGCCACUUGCACAAAUGGGUUUAGAAUUAACAAGUUAACUGCUUCGAGUAGUUUAGACAAGUGAACGCAUUGCACUUCUGUGAUAUAACUGAGGUUAUAAAGUACUGGGCGGUGAUUUAUAAUGUAUUUAUAACUCGUCUUCUCAGUGGUGUUUUCAUCUUUUUUUUAAUUUUUUUUUUAGUUUUAUGUGAUUUCAAUGUGUUUUUCUCCUGUCCGUUAUCGCUCUCAUAUGUAAUGGCUCCAGUGCAGCUAGAUGAAAGAAGUGCGUGGGCAGGUGUAUAAAGUGGGUUCGAAUCAGGAGAUGCCAGUCGGCAGAGAAUCAGAUUUACAGAUGAUCGGGUCUGCAAGAGCCAUCUCCUGAGCUGCUGCCCACAUGACAUUCUUUCUGGAACGCGAAUGGACCUCGGAGAGUGCACAAAGGUUCAUGACCUUGCAUUAAGAGCAGACUAUGAAAUUGCCUCCAAAUUGAAGGACCACUUUUUUGAAAUGGAUGCAAUGGAUCACUUGCAGUCAUUUAUCACAGACUGUGAUAGAAGAACAGAAAUUGCAAAGAAAAGGUUGGCAGAAACCCAAGAAGAGAUCAGUGCAGAGGUGGCAGCAAAGGCUGAGCGAGUUCAUGAACUAAAUGAGGAAAUUGGAAAGCUACUAGCCAAGGCAGAGCAGUUGGGAGCUGAAGGAAAUGUUGAAGAAUCUCAGAAGGUCAUGGAAGAAGUAGAGAAGGCAAGAGCAAAGAAGAGGGAAGCUGAGGGGGACACCAUUGCUUCUCCUUCCUCCAGUGCAUUUUGGGAGGUUUAUCGGAAUUCCAUGCCGGCCUCCAGCUUUCAACAACAGAAAUUACGAGUUUGUGAAGUGUGCUCAGCAUACUUGGGUCUUCACGAUAAUGAUCGGCGCCUUGCAGACCACUUUGGUGGGAAACUUCACCUUGGAUUCAUUGAAAUUAGAGAGAAAUUAGAAGAGUUACAGAAACUUGUUGCUGAGAAACAGGAAAAAAGGACACAAGAGCGACUGAAAAGAAGGGAGGAGAGAGAAAAGGAGGAACGAAUGAAAAGAAGGACCCGGUCUCGCAGCAGGGAUCGCAGGAGAUCAAGAUCAAGGGAGCGUCGUCGACAUAGAUCCAGGUCUGCAUCCCAUGACCGACGCAAACGUUCCCGCUCCAGAUCUCGGGAUCGGCGUCGUCGACGCAGGUCUCGUUCUAGAAGUAGAAGCAGAAGCCGUAGUCACCACCGCAGCAGACAUAGCUCCAAGGACAGAGAGAGAGAUCGGAGUAGAGAAAAAAGCUCUAAAAGGAAGUCUAGAGAUCGAGACAGAUCCAGGGAUCGAGACAGGGAUAAAUCAAGGGAGAAAGAUCGUAAGGAUAAAAGGCGUUCUUAUGAAAGUGCAAAUGGCAAAUCAGAACACAGCUCUGAGGAGCGUGAAGCAGGAGAAAUCUAAAGGACAAAUUUUUUUUGGAAUCAGGGCAGUGGAUGUCUUAUUGUUUAACUUGACUAGGGGAGCUCUUGUUUUGGUUUUGGACUUAGAGAAAAAAAAUUCCAGCGUUUAGGUGACCGAUAACUUAAAUAUUAGAUAGUUGAAGAUGUUGACAUUUUUGUCAGUUUAACCAGCUGAUUUUGAAGGCAGCAGCUGGAGGUGCCUAGAAUGUACUAUGUGUGCAUGCACUAGUGCUGUUAUGCCACUGACAUUAGGGUUCCUCCUUUCAUUUGCACAAGGGUGCUAUUUUACUUUGAAUAUUGAGUUAUUUGUUAGGUUGCAUUUUUUUUUUAAAUGUGGAAUCUCAAAUCCAUAAAAAAUUUUAUUAGAAGCAGAGUAAGAGUGGAUCUGGUCCUUUGGGACAGUAACUGUUGUUACUAUAGACUGUAUUGGCUUCUCCACCCACCCCUCCCAGCUCCAUCAUCCCAUACAAGUAAUGGUACAUGCUGUUUUCAGUAAAACUGCAACAGUCAUCUUUUUCAGUCUAAGUAUAUUUGACUAGCAUCUUUUUGCUGGUGAUUGAGAACCUACUGGAUCUUUUUCCCACCAGUAGGAAAAGUUACUUGUCUUGCAUCCAAAGAAACUCCUUUUUCCUACACACCAUUUCCCUCAAAGUUAACACUUUAUUCAUGUUUAAUUUUGCUUUGAACAAACCUAGAUUUUUUUCUCAUUCUGUUACAUCCAUAGAUACUUCUACGAUUUGAGUACUUUUUUUUUCUCUUAAUUAACCUGAAAGGUGGAACAAUGCACUGCCUGUUUCUUACAAAACUUAUCAGUUGGGAUUUAUCAGGAAAAAUGCAACUGCUACAAAUAAAGCUGAGUAUUUCAUCUCUUGAUUUCUAAUCCCAUCUCCACACAAAAUCUAUUUUAAAAAUCUGUAACUUAGGAGCAUGUUUCUCUUUAAGUGCCCUAUAAGGUGUGGAAAUGCACUGAAGCUAUUUUUUUUGGCAGUGGGUGGAGAGGAAAGCUCUAAAUUUCUGAGUUUGUAAUUUUUCCUUAUAUGUACUUUUUAAUAUAAUUAAGAAGUGUUGGUUUUAUUCUUGCAGUUGCAGUAGAAGUUCAGGAAGGAAUGGUCCAAUAUUGGAGUUGAUAAGUUAUGUGAUUUCAGUAGCUUUUCAGGAUUCUGCAUGCUAAAUACAUGCUAAAAUUCCCCCAAGAAGACCUUUCUGGCUUUGUGUGCAUGUAAUUCUCAUUAACCUUAGCAUGUCUUCACAAUACUUCUGGAACACAAUGAACAUAACUAAUUUUGGAUUGUUACUUGUGAACUUUUUGAGUGAAAUCAUGCCCAUAAAAUAGUUUUUAGUGUUUAUUAUUCACAAAAAGAGAUUGUGUACUCAACACAGGAUUUUCCAGCCAUUAAAAUGAUACAAAAUACUUAGUUGGAUUUGAGGGAACCCUUUGUGUUUUCCACACACUUGUGGCAUAAAUGGCACACUCCAUGCAGUUCAGGGUGUUGUCUCCAGUGGGCACUGGGGUGUCAAGAGUCCUACAAUAUACCAAUGUAUUCCAUGAUGGCUAUUUUGCUUGUUUUGUUGGUCAUUUGUGGUUAUCCCACAAUUGAUGUGUUUUGUUUUAAAGAGGUGGUCUGGUUUAACUUAAACCAACUUCUGUGCUAUAAGAAUAACUCAGUGUAAUGUUCGUUGCUAUCCACAGUGGCACUGUAUUUCUGCACCAGAUACUUCAGUUGCUGGAUGCCACUGCUGCCCCUGCCCUCCCCCUCUCCACCCUUCCACCCCUACCAACAUUCAUUUCAUUCUCCAUGGUCAUUUGAUCAGUCAGAUUCCUGAGUUUGAGACGAAAAUAACAAGGUUUUAUUUUAUUCCCCUGUAUCUUUUUUCCCUCAUGACUUGUCUAUACUUGUAUUGUUAAUUGAAAACAAUUGAAAUAAAUUUUUUCAAAACCAUUUAAUAAGAUUUAUAAACAAUUUAAGUUUUUUUUCUGUAUUGUAUGAAAUUGUCAUGAAUACUUGUUUGCUACUUUGCAAUUAAAAUGAAACAAUA